UAACAAAUCAUUUUCUUCCUCUCCAGGGAACAUCGACAACAUCUUCUCCAUUGAUCCAGAGCUGGGCUCCAUCAGUGUUUCCAAACCUCUGGACCUCCAGCCGCAGGACCAGUUCCACCUGACGGUAAAAGCCACGGAUCAGGGCUUCCCUCAGCGCACCGACCUCUGCUCCGUCCACGUUCACAUCCGCAUCUCCGACCAAACCCCACCCUCCUUCCCCUCGGAAGAAUACCUCACAGAGAUCAGUGAAUUGAGCACUAUUGGAGCACCAGUCCUCACCGUCUCGGCCUCCAGUCCUGCUGCAGUGCACUAUGGGAUAGAAAAUGGCAACCCAAACGGGACCUUUCACAUCAACCCCUCCACCGGGUUGAUUUCAAUCCAAAAGCACCUUGAUUUUGAGAUUGCUGUCUCCUACAAGCUCAAAGUAACAGCUUCCACAACAGCUGGAGCCUCCUCCAAUACGGUCGUGUUCAUCUACGUGAUCGACGAGAACGACAACGCUCCGGUUUUUCAGCAACCGGAAUAUCUGGGGCAAAUAAGUGAGUCGGCUCACAUCAACAGCAUGGUGAUGCGAGAAAGGAACACUCCUCUGGUCGUCCAGGCUUCAGAUGCCGACAAAGAUUCAAAUUCUCUGCUGGUGUAUCAGAUUCUCGAGCAGGAGGCCUUGAACGUAUUCGCGAUAGACUCGAGUAUGGGCACCAUUUCUUUAAUAUCACCGGUUGACUUUGAAGCCAAGGCUGAGUAUCACUUCACAGUGCAGGUAAAGGACUCGGGGGAGCCAUCACUGUUUGCAUCGGAGCCUGCCAAGGUCACUGUGAGAGUCCUGGACCUCAAUGACUGCCCGCCACAGUUCAUAAAGCCAAUCUACGAGCCAUCCAUCAUCUUCCCAGCUGUCAGAGAUACAGAGGUUGUGCAAGUCAUGGCCAAUGAUCUGGAUUCAGCUGUUUCAUACAGCAUCAGCGAGGGAAAUCUCCACAAUGCCUUUUCAAUUCACCCCAAUACUGGAGUCAUCACCGUGAGCAAUGUGUCUGAAUUCAGACCGUCUUACCAACUGGUUGUCAAAGCGUCUGACGGCCUCUACAAAGACUUAGCCACCGUCAACGUCAACGUAACAAACCUAACAGCCAGCGAUCUUGGAUUUCAACACAAAGUGUAUUCAGCAAGCGUUAGAGAAAACCUAAAGACAGUUAAAACGUUGCUAGCCCUCAAAGCCACAGGUUGUUUUUUAAACGAGCCUGUUUUUUACUCUGUGGUGAACCCAGUGGGAAAGUUUGUCAUUUCCCAAACAUCAGGCAUUCUGGAAACAACCGGUAUGUCUUUUGACCGAGAGGAGCAAGAUGCGUAUGACGUUGUUGUGAAGGUUGAAGACAUGAGAACGCCAGCAAGGACUGUUACCACCCAGGUCAAGGUUUUUAUAGAUGAUGUCAACGACAACGCUCCGCAGUUUCUAAACUUGCCUUUUUCAAUGAUGAUUUCUGAGAACUCUGAUCCAGGGGAUGUGUUAUAUCAAGCAAUGGCUAUCGACAAAGAUCUGGGAGAGAAUGGGGCUAUCGUGUACUCACUGGAGGAGGAUUAUGAUCUCUUUAGGAUAGAUCCGGAUCUAGGCGAUGUGUCCCUCCAGAGGCCUCUUGACUUUGAAGCUCUGAAUAAGUAUGUGUUGACGGUCUUUGCUAUAGACGAAGGUGAGCCAAGUCACACCACAAUGGCCCAGCUUAGCAUUCAAGUGAGGAAUCAAACCAACCCAGUUUUCCAGACCCUUCUUUAUCCCCUAAAAGUGCCAGAAAAUGUCCCACAAUUCACCACCAUCUUACACGUCCAGGCCAGAAAUCCAGAGGGCUAUCGACUCAUCUACAACCUGGAAGAGGAAAACGCCACACGACAUUUUCAUAUUGAUUUCAAAACGGGCGUGUUGACCGUCUCCAACCCCCUCGACUAUGAGAGCCAAACCAUGCAUUUGUUGACAGUUCGUGCUUCUGACUCUGUGACCGGAGCUUUCUCUGAGGCCUCUAUUGAAAUAGAAGUGGAGGAUGUGAACGAUAACGCGCCCGUUUUCCCGAAGGUAGCUUACAUGGUGAGCAUUGAUGAGGGGCUCCCGAUCGACACCCCUGUGAUACAACUCUCUGCCAUUGAUAGGGACUCUGGCAGAAAUAAAGAUCUCACCUUUCAUAUGGUGAAAACAGAGAAUAACGAGACUGAUUUCUUUGACAUAGACUCCCGUAGCGGGUUGAUCGUCACAAAACAGGUGCUGGACUAUGAAAACACAAAGCACUUUCAUUUUAAAGUAAAAGCUACUGACAAUGGCACUCUGCCUCUUAGCAGUGAAGCCCAUGUUUUCAUUAAUGUCACCGAUGUAAACGACAACCCACCGGACUUCAUUAGCUCCCAGUAUGAUGCCACACUGGAUGAAAUGGCAAAGUGUGGUCACAUAGUCGUCAAAAUCCAAGCUUCAGAUCCGGACACUGCGGAGCUGAAUAACCUCAAGUACAAAAUCCUUUCAGGGAACGGAGGGCGCUACUUCAACAUCAACGAAUCCUCUGGACUUAUAUCGUUUUCCAAUGUCUGUAAGAGGAACCUGGACCCUUACUAUAAUUUGACGGUGGCGGUGUCUGACGGAGUGUUUCAGAAAACAGCACCAGUCAAUAUCGACAUGAUAAACAGCAACAGGCAUAGUCCGCACUUCAAGCAGAGCCUCUACGAAGCAGAGCUGGCGGAAAACGCAGAGGCGGGAACUCGGGUGAUCCGAUUGGCCGCCAUUGACCCUGACGACGGGCCAUUUGGCAGCGUUGACUACACCAUUAUUAACAAACUUGCCGAUGAGAAGUUCUCCAUUGACGCUGAUGGGCAGAUAGUUACGACACAACCAUUGGACCGAGAGAACCCCGCACAGAGAGUCAUCGCGAUCAAAGUGAUGGCUAAAGAUGGCGGCGGAAAAGUGGCCUUUUGCACGGUCAAGAUAAUUCUGAUAGAUGAGAAUGACAACGUUCCUCAGUUCAAAGCGUCAGAGUACCAGGUUUCAAUUCAGUCCACUGUUAAUAAAGGCUCCCCUGUCAUUCAAAUCAUGGCUUAUGACGCAGAUGAUGGCAAAAAUGCAGAUGUCACCUACACGGUAGAUGAAGGCGAAGAAGUGACAGAAGACAUUAUCGAGAUCAACCCUUUCACUGGAGUCGUUAGCGUCAAAGAGAGUCUUGUUGGCAUGGAGAAUAAGAUCUUCAACUUCAAAGUAAAAGCCCGUGACGGCAGCCUUCCUUUCUUUAACUCCACAGUCCCUGUUCAGCUCAAAGUGGUUCCUCCCGAGGUUCCUCUACCAAAGUUCUCAGAGCCUCUUUACUCCUUCUCGGCUGCAGAGGACAUCCCCGUAGGGACGGAGGUCGGCUCAGUGAAGGCGGACUCAGACAUGCCUCUUAUCUACAGCCUGGUGAACGGGAACACUGUGGAAAGCAACAAGGACAAAGUGUUCAGUUUGGACAAAGAGAGCGGAACGUUGCUGUUGCAGAAGACCAUCGAUCACGAGAGGACGAAAUGGUAUCAGAUAGAUGUGAUCGCUCAGGGGAACCACAACGGGACUGACGUCGCGUCACUGGUGUCGGUCAGCAUCCAGGUCCAAGAUGUGAAUGAUAACCAGCCGGUGUUUGAUGCUAACCCAUAUCGAGCCUUCCUGGCUGAGAACAUGCCAGCUGGAACGACUGUCAUUCAGGUGACCGCCAACGACCCGGACACCGACACCAACGGUCUCGUGACGUACAGCUUGGAUUCUAUACCUGACGACACCACCACCAUGGCAGAUAUCAGCGGGGUUUUCACCAUCGACGGAGAGAGCGGCUGGAUCACCACGGUUCGGGAAACGGACUGCGAGGAGACCAGGGUUUACCGGUUCUACGUCUUCGCCACGGACCACGGCGGCGACACCAAGCUGUCCUCCAGCGUCCUGGUGGAGGUCAUGGUGACGGACGAGAACGACAACCCGCCAAAGUUCUCCGAUGACUUGUACCACGCCUCAGUGAUGGAGAACAGCAGCCCCGGGGAGGUCAUCGUCUCCAUGACCACCACGGAUGCUGACGUGUCUCUGGAGAACCGCCUCGUGACGUGUUACAUCACAG